UCUUCCAGACCUCAGUUUGAUUUACAAUCCAAAGCAAAAGGUCGGAGGUCAAGUGGGUCAUCAGACUGUGCAGAGGAAACCUUUCUACACAUCACAAAGGAAAAUCUAUAAAAUGGCACAGAGUUCAUUAUAUUUACUGAACAAGCUUAGAAAAAAUGCCUUCAGGCUGAAAACACUGUGACUGAUGUGGAGGAGCUUCAGAGGACCCUCAGACGAGUGUCUCGCCUAAAAGAGAUGAGUUCAGGACUUCUGUUUGAAACGAACAUCCUGCUGGCCUUUGUGGAUGGGCUGAUAAAGCUCAUCAAGCAAAUCUUCAGAGUCACUGCGACCCCUGAAGAGGAUCAAAAGUUAAGAGACGCCAUUAUCAACUCGGCUGAUCAGAGUCAGAAGAUCAUUGAGGGGUUUGAUAAGAUGACAACAGAACUGAGAAAGUUUACAAGAAAUGAAAGAAAGUAGAAAAGUCACCUCCACCCCUCCUCCUCCACCCUGUGAGCCUGUACUGUUCACACUAACAAAUAAUGUUUUAUGAAUAAAGGAUCAUCAGACUGUGACCUGGACUGUAUGAAGGACUUGUGUAGUUUGAGUCUGAAGUUUCCUCAUGUCCUCCGGUCACAGACUGGAUGUUGUUGUAUAUCCAUGUAAAGCUGACCCACAGCAGCCUGACGUCACAGAGAGGUCGUAUAAAGAGGGUCCAUGGUCUCUGCUGAUUUCCAACAUUUGACUGUUUUUACUCCACAUUAACCUGAACUCUGAGAGACUCGCCAACUUUCUUUGUCCUGGCUGGAAAAUGUUUUUCAUUCAUGAGCUAAAAAGAUGAUUUCAUUAAUUUGAUUAAUUUCAUUAACUCUGAUUAUAAAAUAAACCCGAGAAACUUCUUGAGCCCAGAAACGAGCAACCACUACCUGGUGGGAAAUUCUAAAUACAUCGUUAAAAUCACCUUCACAUGGAUUUAAAAAUAUACAUUAAAUGUUCAAAUGCUUUAGUAUGUGAAUAUAUGUUUGUGUAAAAUGCUGAUAAAGAACUGA